UUGGUCCGCCGCCGAGGUUCAAAUGAACAACACGAGCGACUAUUGGUGGCGGCGGCGCGAGGCGGGCCGGGGGCAUUGUCCGGCUCCGGCAGCGGUGGUCCAGCUGCGAUAGCGGCGGCGGCGGCGCGGGGCGGCAGUGGGCGUCGCGCGGCCGAGACCAUGGCUGGAGGCAAAGCUGGGAAAGACAGUGGGAAAGCCAAGGCUAAGGCAGUGUCCCGCUCACAGAGAGCUGGGCUGCAGUUUCCUGUGGGCCGGAUCCACAGACACUUGAAGACUCGCACCACAAGCCAUGGACGGGUGGGAGCUACUGCUGCUGUGUAUAGUGCCGCGAUUCUGGAGUACCUCACAGCUGAGGUGCUGGAGUUGGCAGGUAAUGCUUCCAAGGAUCUCAAAGUGAAGCGCAUCACUCCACGUCACUUGCAGCUUGCAAUCCGAGGUGAUGAGGAGCUGGAUUCGCUCAUCAAGGCCACCAUAGCUGGGGGCGGUGUGAUCCCGCACAUCCACAAAUCUCUGAUUGGAAAGAAGGGACAGCAGAAAACUGCUUAGGAAGUGAUUUAACCACCUGCUCCCGCUUACUGUCUGUAUCUGGACAGUGGACACCUGUGGGAUUGUGUGGAAACUUUAAGAACAGUUCAGUGGAAAAGCAUAAACAAUUGCUGUAGAGAAGAUAUAAGAAACAUUUGUAUGUUUUUAGACUCGCGAAGUUUGAUAAGUCCCUCUCCCUGUGGUCAUGGUCAUGUGUUGAUUGGCCAAGUUUCUCCCUUGUGUUUUAUACAAAAAUAGAAUUGAUAAAACAUUUUUUACAAAACUAA